UUUAAAUAUUGUAUAACAUUGUAUUACUACAUUAACGAAGAACUAUCUCAAUAUGAACCCGCGAUUACAUUUUGGUUGGAUCGCGCUCUGAUAAACCGUGUUUUUAUCCUUGACCCCAAUUCACCAUGGAACAAAGGAAGGUAUUGGACACGUCCAUCAUCAAGGAUCUUUCCAAUCACAUCUAUGAGAAACGGAAGGCCACAGCUUUUCAAAUUGAGAGUUUAACAAAGUCUGCUUUGGAAAGAAAUGACAGUGAAGAGAUAUACAAAAUCGUCAGCGAGCUUGGCGAACUAACCAAUGGAAGUACCAAUUCCGCUCGAAUGGGUGCUAUAACUGCGUUGGGGAGUGUAUCUGUGGCGUUAGGGCCAUUUGCUAUAGCUUAUUAUUUGGAUGACAUCAUAACUCCUAUAUUCUCGACAUUUAAGGAUACUGACCCUCGUGUCAGGUAUUAUGCUUGUGAGUCGUUAUACAAUAUCGCCAAGGUGGCCAGAGGGGAGAUUCUUCUUUAUUUCAACGAGGUUUUCGACGUCUUAUGCACACUUGUGACGGAUUCAGAGUCCUCUGUCAAGAAUGCUGCUGAUAUUCUUGAUCGGUUGAUUAAAGACAUUGUUAGUGCCAAAGCUACGAACUAUGUUUCCAUAUUGCACCAGCAAAACGACUUGAAAACCGGAGAAAACAAUGUCAUCAAGACACAUGUUGUUGAUGAAUCAGGAACUGCUGUUCAAGUAAACCAGAUUCAAGAUACUCAGAGAGCAUUUUCUUUACCUAAAUUCAUUCCGACCUUAUUGGAAAGGAUGUAUAUAACUGACCCGUUUGCCAAAAAAUUUUUGAUCAGUUGGUUGGAAUUGUUUGACGACAUCCCUUCAUUGGAGUUGAUUACAUUCUUGCCGAACUUCUUAGAGCCAUUGAUCAAUUUCUUUAGAAAUGGUGCUCCUUCUGAUGUUAGAAUCGAGACUCAGAAUAUUUUGAACGUAUUUUUGAAGGAAAUAAAGUCAAUUCAAAAGGUCAAAUAUGAGGUAAGGAAACGAGAAAUCACCAAAGAAAGGACUUCGCCAUCAAAGGAAACAGAACUCCAGGCUAAUGACAACAAGAAAGAUGAUGAAUACGAAAAGAGUGGAGAAAAGGUUAAAGAAAUUACUUUGAAAGACGAACCACAGAAUGAAAGAGAGUCAAUCCAAUCAGAAGAAACCAAAGAGAGCUCUGAACAAAACCUUGCCUCCAGUAUUGUUGAAGGGAAGAAAAAUAUCCUACCAGAGGUGGAUGAAAUUGAAGAAGAAUUCCUAGAAGGUCAGAAUAUUUUCAUCGAUUACGAUAAGACUAUCGCUGUUUUAUUAUCAUUCUUGCAACCAGAAAAGACAGAAAAACAUAAUGACUUAUCUGGAGACGGACAUGAAAUUACAUUGGAGGUCCAAGUUAUCGUCCUUAAAUGGUUACUCGAGGUUAUUCAAAUCACUCCAAUCAGUUUCACCAAUUUUUUCCCUGACUGUGUUAAUGUUAACAUACAAAACUUGUCAGUGGCUGAUAACAACAAAGACUUUGAAUUAAGAAACCAAUUUCUUAAGUUUAACUUGGCAUUGCAGUCAUUCUUCAUAAAAUUGAGCGAUAUGGCCCGGAAACAAGAAUAUAAGUCAAAGGAAGCGACCCAAGACGACAAAAAUAUUCUUGAAGAUCUCAAUGAGUCGAAUGACACCUUCAUUGAAGUCGACGAAAACUUGGUAUUGGGAUUAAACAAAGAAGUAUACGAGGAGUUCAUUGAGUUCCAACUUUCGAAAACUUUGCACAAUAUCAUGCGUCAAUGCUUAACAUCAACCAACGAGUUGGCUCGAGUGACCCUGUUAGAUUGGUUGAUUUUCUUGUAUUCAAGAGAACCAGCUAGCUUCGUGGAUGUAGAAGGAGAUGGUACAACGUUCGAUCUUACUGCCUUACUUCAAUCGGCAACCGAUUCUAGUAAUGAAGUUAUCCUGAAGGUGUUGCAAUUAUUAUCAAAGAUUUCAGAAACAAAUCAAGAUUUUUUCAAAGAUUUCAUGGUGAAGUUGAUACUAUUUUUUGAAAAGGAAGUGCAAGACAUUAACCUCGAUAGCCCCAACUCUAGAACAAGAGUUGCUGGUCUGUCUACAUUAACCCGAAGUAAGGUGGAAUUUAUCAUUCGGAAGUUAUGUGUUACCUUGGAUUCAGAAAAGAUUUUUAAGACCAUAUCUGAAGUAUUGACAUCUUUGGAAGACGUGAACCAUGAGUUUUUAAACAUGAUUGUGGUCACCUUGAAUAAUAUCCUUUUGACCACCCCUGAGUUGACAAAGUUCAGAAAGAAACUUAAGAAUCUUGACGUGUACAAGUUGGAAGACUGGACAUUAUUUUCAACGUUGUUUCAAAGUUGGAGUCAUAACUCUGCAAGUGCCUUAUCAAUCUGUCUUUUGACUGCAAAUUAUGACCUUGCAUUUUUGAUUAUUAAAAGCAUAGCUGAACUGGAAGUAACCUACCAACUUUUAACCCAAUUGGAUAUUUUGGUUCAACUCUUAGAGUCUCCAAUUUUCCUCAAAUUGAGGCUACAAUUGUUGGAACCAGAGAAAAAUCCAUACCUCUACAAAACAUUAUAUGGAUUGUUGAUGAUUCUCCCCCAAUCCUCCACUUACACAACAUUACACAACCGGUUGUCUUCUGUAUCCGCGGUCAACCAUUUGAACGCGUCUUUACUUGCAGGUGGAACAACUUCCACUCCAAUUUCUACCCCAGGUCCUUCCAAUGCCUCAAAUUCUACGCCUGUCAGCCAACAACUCUCUAUCAAGCGGAAAAGAGUAUACGAAAUGCUCGACAAAUACAACCGUAUUCAGGAGUCACACGGGGAGCAUCUCUUGAACCGCAAACUACGGGAAUCGGCGGCCUCGUCCUUGUACCAGACUGAUGACAUAUCAUUCCACCGAGUGAUUGGAAAGAGUUCAGAUAAUUCGCAGUCAAAGUCUGACAGGCUUCUUAGUUAUGCCCAAAGUCAGUCUGACAAAAAGGAUUAUUUCACCAACAUCGAUGCCAUUGCUGACCCUAAGUCUGGGAAACGAGUUGGAAGUGGGAGAUUUUUGCACCGGUUCAACGGUUCGUAGAACUAGCCAUAUUGGUAGUGUUUCAGCCCCACAAUAUACACAAAAUCAUGCUCGCGAAAGGCCAGCGCAAAUUGCAGGUUGAGAUAUUUUUUUUACAAUUUAGAUCAUAGAACUAAGAAUACCGCAAUAAUAUUGUAAUAGACGUGGUUGCCAAUCAUUCAAUAGCCAGCACGCUAACACACACAUCUGUCACAUACUAUUUGCGUGUCAACUUUCCUCAUAGGAUGAACGCAAACCCCCUGCAUGCAAAAAUGCAUGGAAAGUCCAUCAAGUUUACACCCUACGAUUUGAAGUCCAAAGCCGCCAAGUACAAGAGAUGGUCGCCGAAAAUGGAUCAGUUCUUGAUCAAGCUCUUAUCAGAUGUGGUUCACAGUUAUGCCAAAGAGGAAAGACCUCAAUUGAACAAAAAGGCAUGGGCAUACAUAUGUAACCAACUCAGAAUCGCCAACCCUGAAACCGUGUAUGCCACGUACACCAAGUACUCAUGUCAGCAGCAUUUGAUUCAUGUGAUCCACAACCGGUACAAAUUGUGGUAUACUUUGAUGUUGCAUAGUAAAAAUGCAGACCCAAACGUGGGCUACUCAUUCAAAUGGAAUCCAAACUUGGGAAGUUUUCAGAUCAUUGUCACGGCAGACAACACAGUAAUAACCGAUGAGAGCAUCAUCAAGUCCAUAAUCUAUGGAGAGUCGUUGCCGUUACCACUGGUGGAAAAAUUUCCAAAGGGGAAUGUAGUGGUGAAUGAUUUCUUCCUUUCGGAUAAUUUUCUGUACAUGUCUGACUAUCACAAUGAAGUGUUGCCUAUGUUGAUAGAUUCAGAUCCGCUGUACAUGGAAGGGUUUGGGAGUAUCUAUAACGACAUUCCCAAGUUCAAAUACGAGGGUUUCAACACAGAUUAUCAAAAGCCGUUGCAGAUGAUAAGAGCUAAAAGAACACCCGAUAAGUAUAACGGCUCGAGCUCCAUUCCCGCCAGCGACAACUCCUCUACCAGCGUCGUAUCAUUGGGGUACAACCAGUUCUCGGCUUCUACCACAAACUCAAAUGGCCAUGACCACCCGAAUAAUGCAGACCAUAUAUCUCAUCUCGCGGGCCUGAGCGUGGACCACCAUCAACCCCAUAUUCAACUUCAGCACAAUCACACACACCCCAAUCUGUAUCAACAGUUGGUGUCGCAGUCGCACAACCAGCACCAUGGCCAUGGCCAUACUGCUUCCAACCAGGUGCCUGACUUAUCCUCACAUGAUGUUUCAAUGGAGAAAAGAAGCCUACACGGUGAUUUCGAAGGAGAUUUGUCGAGCACUGGCAUCGCAGAAUUUCACAGUCCCCAGGGAGUCCCAGGAGCGAAUGAUCCUCAAACCUACCAGAAGGACCGGCCUUGGUUCACCAAAUUGAUGGCUCUCCAUGAAAGUAAUCUCAUCACCAUCAACGAUUUUUUUACGGUUUUGGAAGGUGUGAGGGACAGCAGGUUUCCCUUGCCUUUACUCAACAUCUUGGAUCCUGGAGCCGGUGAGUCCAAACUUAGUGAUCGUGAGAUUGCCAAGAGAACUAAAAUGUACAUUAUCCCUCGGUGUGAGUCGUUCAAGCACUGAGCGACCCGAGUUAUGGUUUAUGGGGGUUUGUAUUGGUUUGAUUUAAUAUGUAAUAUACAAAUAAGUUAGUUGAAAAGCAUCUGAUUUAAUAUGUAGUAUAGGGAAAUUAGUUGAGAAAGCAUCUAAUCAGUUAUGAUGUAUCAUAUAAUAUACAAAUAGUUUACAAGGGAAUGCAUAUAUGGAAGGCUACUCGGUAUCUUUAUGCUGUUGGAACUCAAAGAGUUGCUUGGUGGGAGAGAGCCUACCUUCUACUCCACCAAAAGUGACACCAGUUCGGGUAGACAUGCUAUCAUCUCUUCUUAACACUUUACCAGCGGUUGCAUUGAUUGAACGGAGGUUGUAGUUGUGACCGAAAGAUUGGGGCUGAUAUCUGGUGUGUGAAUAACUUGUCGAGGUUUCAGAAUCAAUUACUGAUAUCGAUCCUUUCAUGGAAUUUACUUCUUGUGGGUAGUUCACUUUUUUGGGGGUUGGUUGUGUGGUGGGAGAUUCAAUAGUAAGUUCAUUUGAAGGAUCCGAUAGUUUGAUGGUUUCUAAGAUAUUUUGAUUGGAUAAGUUUGCUUGUUCUGAAUGUUGAAACGUGUAUAAGGGGUGAUCAGAAGUAAUGACAUUUUUGUGUACGAAACGAUGCUGCUCAUGUUUUUCAGGUUCGGGGUCUUCGAUGAAUGAAGUCAACUGACAAGACAAAUCGUCCAAAUCUUGAAAAAUUGAAGUGCUAGUAGUGGAUUGAGUAUUACUGUGUCUUUUGGUGCUAUCGCUGGAUUGUGUGUUGCUGUGUCUCUUGGUACUAUCUGUAGGUGUUGAUGUUAUUGCAGUGGAAGUACUGUCCCUUUUCCCCCCACUACCGGAGUUGGAACCCACAUUCUUUGAGGUCCUGCGAAGUACCACACUAUUGGACCUGAAGGAUUUAAGAGAGUUGUUUCUGCUCAACUCUACCGGAGGAGUUCUUGAAAGCAUACCGGAUUCCGAAGAAGAUGAGAAGGUUUCCACGGAUCGGUUCAUAGGGACUAACUGGUAGGUGAAUCUAGGUUUUCCUAGAGCUUUUUCUAGAACACUUAACUCUUCAUCUCGUUUGACGCUACGAGAUUCCCGAGAAUAUUUUUUGAGGUUGAAGGCAGUGAUGUUGAAGGGGGAGGAAGCUGGAUCAGGGUCUUGUGUUGGCGUGGUAUGUCUGACCAAGUGUAAUAGAUCAUUUGUGGAGGCGGUUCGUCUCAGUUUAUUAUCAUGUCUUCUGGCCUUUGAACUCAUGUCAUCAUCGUCAAAGUCUUCGAUUGAUUGAAGUUUGAAAUCGCUGCCAAAAAUAUUCGACUUAUAACUGAUCUGGGGAGAAGGCAAUAACCCGGAGAACAAAGAGGCAUUUUGUUCCAUCAAAUCAUCGGUAUUAAUUGAACUAUCAUCAGGAGAAUCUUCUGAAUCAGUAUGGACU